AUAACACACGGAACCUCUCCACUCAUACCAGUCGCAAAGAAACUCCGGCCGAAACUGCAGGUUUCAGCCAAAGAAACGCCGAUCUCUCUAGAAAACCCAUAAAAAAAGAAUUAAAGAGAAAAAAGAACAACAGCAACAACAAAGAAAUCAGAGCCAGAAAAAGAAGAAGAAGAAAGAAGCCGAAGAAGAAAAGAAAGCCAAAAAAGGCAUGGGCGUCGAUUACUACAAGAUUCUCCAAGUAGACCGAAACGCCAAAGACGAUGACCUCAAAAAAGCGUAUCGAAAGCUCGCUAUGAAGUGGCACCCCGAUAAAAACCCUAACAACAAAAAAGAAGCCGAAGCCAAAUUCAAACAAAUCUCCGAAGCCUACGAUGUUUUGAGUGAUCCGCAAAAGCGAGCAGUGUACGAUCAGUACGGAGAGGAAGGGUUGAAGGGGCAAGUGCCGCCGCCGGGUGCCGGUGGCUUCUCCGGCGGGCCGGAGGCCGGAGGACCGACGUCGUUUCGGUUUUCGACUCGCAGUCCGGACGAUAUCUUCUCUGAGUUUUUCGGGUUCUCGGGUUUCGGAGGCAUGGGCGAUUUCGGUCACGGAGCUUCGCGUGCGGGCGGGUCCGGGUUUCCGAGGGGUAUGUUUGGGGAUGAUAUAUUUGCUUCGUUUAGAGGUGGAGCCGGUGAGGGCUCUGUUGCGGCGCCGCGAAAAGGCGCCGCAAUAGAACGCACAUUGCCGUGUAGUUUGGAGGAUUUGUAUAAAGGAACUACAAAGAAGAUGAAGAUUUCUAGGGAUGUCACUGAUUCCAGUGGGAGACCGACUACAGUGGAGGAAAUUCUUACAAUUGAGAUCAAGCCAGGUUGGAAGAAGGGGACAAAGAUCACUUUUCCGGAGAAGGGAAAUGAACAGCGAGGUGUUAUACCCUCAGACCUAAUCUUUAUUAUUGAUGAGAAGCCUCAUAGUCUCUUUAAGAGGGAUGGCAAUGAUCUAAUUGUCACCCAGAAGAUAUCUCUUGUGGAAGCUUUGACAGGUUACACGGCACAGUUGACCACACUUGAUGGGCGGAAUCUGACAGUUCCCAUCAACUCCAUCAUCAGUCCCACCUAUGAAGAAGUUGUUAAGGGAGAAGGAAUGCCAAUCCCUAAAGAACCUUCCAAAAAAGGAAACUUGAGAAUCAAAUUCAAUAUCAAGUUCCCCACCAGGCUUACAUCAGAGCAGAAAACUGGCAUUAAGCGACUAUUAACUUCUUCAUAAACACCGGUGGUAUCUCUCCCUACCAUCUUCCAAACUUGUUGCACAGGUUUUGCCAGACCACUCAUGGUUGUAAAAUGUUCACAGAACAAAAUUUAUGUACCCUCGCUUACUAUGGGCUUGAGUUGCCAUUGGUCACCCUUCCCCUUAGAUUUUCCCCCCUUGUGCUGUGCAGCACCUAAUUCUGAAGAACAAAAAUGGUUGAAUUGCUAUAACAUGUCUACCAGUUUGUGAGA